AUGCCCUUAUGGGCUCGCGACGUCUGGGCACGCUCUACAGCGAGCGAUCUCGAGUCAAUCCCUUCUACGUUUUCUAGCUGGGAUAAGUGUAUGGCCAAAUCCUAUUGCAAGUGGCCUGUCAUCGUCGCUAUCAUCAUUGCCUCUGUGAUUGUAAUCGCCAUUCUCGGAUGUAUAAUUAACUGCCUCUGCUGUGGUUACCAAUGUUGUAAAUGCUGCUGCAGUUGCUGCUGCCCCUCCGGCCGACGCAGAUUCAAGGCGCCCAAGCAACCGAAACACUACGAUGAUCCAAUCUAUACACAACCCCCACCUGCUCCGAAUCCAAUUUAUCAACCUCCACAAGCUCCGCCUGUCUAUCGCGGCGCAAACACUACGGCUACUUUUGAUAGCCCCUCCAAGUCCGCUGCAACCUCUACGAUUCAUGAAGAUGCGCUGCCGGAGAUGCCCACUUGGGCUGCUGCUGUCGACAAGCAUGUCGAGGAUCACUCUCAUGAAGAUUUGGAGAUGGAGCCUUUGAACCCGCCGGAUCGCAAGCAGGGCGCCGGCACGCCUAUUAAUCCUGGCGCUGCCUAUGCGGAUUAUCCUCCUGAUCGUGGAACUCCUCCUCUGGCUGGCUACAGAGGCUUCAAUUCCACCGAUCCUUACGCUCGCCGGUCCCCUGGUCCCGCGGCUGCGUUGGCCGCUACCCAGGACCCACACGGUCACCGUUCACCAGGUGCCUCUCUCGCUUACAACACACAAAUUGAUCCAUAUGGUCGCCGUUCUCCAGCUGUUGCAUCCCCAGCAGCCGCUGCAGCCGUCGAUCCUUAUAACCGACGCUCACCCGGUCCAAACGGCGCAAUGGACCCCUAUACCCGCCGCUCUCCAGCCCAAGGCCCAUACGGCCGCCGUUCUCCCGGUCCAAACGCUGUCAUGGACCCUUACGGCCACUCUUCACCCGGGGCCCUAAACAACACAUCCCCCAACGACCCAUACAACCACCUCACAUCCCCCAUUGGUGCGCCAGUCUCAAGUCCUUACGAACACCAACCUUACGAUCAGCCUUACGACGAUUACAAUAACGGCUACCACGUCGUAUCCUCCCCCCCACCAGUAACGGCCUAUCGGUCUCAAACAAAUUAUAGCUCCAUUUACGGCUCGGAAUCUCAGGUACUUCCCCCCUCUAUCCCCAACUCCCCGCCUCCGCCCUUCCAGUCCCAGGCUCCUUCAGUGUAUACAGCCUACGGAUCUCAUGCUCAAGAUCAAAGUCAUGAGUACGGCGUUGCAGUUUCGGACGCGAAUCGCGAUAGACCGCCCAGUCUGCUCAUGAGCGGGCGCAAGCCGGUACCGAAUACUUACCGCAAUGUAUAG